AUGGUGGACCUAUUCAUCGACCGGGUGCUGGUGAAGAACAACAAAGACCAGGAUGAGCUGGACACGGAGCGUGAGAUCCUCAUGCGUCUGCAGAACCGGAUCCUCAUGCUCUUCUUUGCAUCUGCUGCAUGUGAGACCUGCCAGCAGUUUGCUCCCACGCUCUCUGACUUCUUCAAACGGUUGACAGAUGAAUUCUACGUGGACCGCUCUGCGCAGCUGGUUCUCCUCUACAUCAGCAUGGACCAAUCAGAGGAACAGCAAGAGGACUUCCUGAAAGAACUACCAAAGAAGAGCCUGUUCCUGGCCUAUGAGGACCCCUACAGGAGGGAGCUGGAGGCCAUGUUUAAUGUGGAGGAGCUGCCCACGGUGGUGGUGCUGCGUCCGGACAGCUCCGUCCUCGUCCCUAAUGCAGUGGAGGAGAUCGUCCGCCUCGGCCCUGGCUGCUACCGCAACUGGCAGGAGGCGGCGGAGCUCAUCGACAGGAACUUCAUGAUCACCGAGGACUUUGAGGAGAAGUCCAUGCGCAGCUUCAGCGACCCCGUGAGGAGAAUGAAGUACAAGGUGGAGGACGAGAAGAAGAAGAACAAGAAGAAGAACAAGAGAGGAAGAGGGUGGGGUGGGGGUGGAGAUGAGGGUGGGGAGGCAGGUGAUGCAAGGGAUGACAGGGAUGGAGGAGGGUCACCAUGGUGA